AUGAGCAACGCCUCUGCUGAUCCCGUUGGAAGCACCUCCUGGAUCGGAACUGAUGCCUACGAUCCAGGCGACGAGCUGCACGAUCGAGCCCUGGCAGCCCUCGACAAGCUCAACUGGGAUCAUCUUUUGUCCCUUUCCUCAGCGCUCAACAAUGGAGUUCCUUGCACCUUCAGCCAGAAGUUUUCCAUCGGCCACUUCAACAUGGUUCGCCGCAUUGACUUCACCGACGGCACCAGCUGGGUUGCCAGGGUGAGACUCCCAGAGCUCCGCACCGUGUUCGGCGACCGCGAAGUCCUCGAUGUGGCCAGCACUCUCAAUGUUGAAGUCUCGAGCAUGAAGUUCUUCAAGGCCAAGACCUCGAUUCCCGUCCCUGCAGUUCAUUCCUACAGCGUUGAUACGAACAACGAGGUUGGCGCCCCGUACAUCCUCAUGGAUUACAUUCACGGAACUGUCGCCACGGAAUUACGAGAUGCAAAUGAAUACGAGGGUGGACUCUUCGGCAUGCCAGACCAAGAUCGGGCUUUCAGAAAGCAAAUGGCUGAGAUUCAAGCAACACUUUCUUCCUUCAAGUUCAGUCAGAUCGGGAGCCUCUAUCAGAAUAAAGAAACGUCCGACUUCUUCAUCGGCCCAGAGACAGAGACUGGCAAGGGACCUUGGAGCUCCUCACUGGAGUAUUAUCAAGAUCUCUCAAACCACGCUCUCCAAGUCUGCGUUCAGCACGCGUCGCCCGAAGUCAAAACAGCUUCUUCAUUCGCAAAUCCGAUCCUCUUCAGACAUCUCAUGUCCCUAUAUCGUCAACAAAAGCCCAGCAAAGAAUCCUUCAGCCUUGUCAAUCGCGACUUCGGAGCCCACAACCUUCUGGUCAAUGAGAAUUUCCAGAUCGUCGGCGUCAUCGACUUUGAUGGCGUGAUGGCGGCCCCCAUCGAAGUUGUCGCCCAGUACCCAGUCUUGACGGGGCUGAAUCGAGAGCCCCCAGGGUGUGUCGAGACGAGACCCGCGGCUAUCGAGCGCAUCGAGAGAACGAAGCCGAAGCUCAUGGAAUACAAGGAAAUGCUGGCGGCCGCGGAACGCAAACUCGGGAAUGACGAUAAGGGAGCCACGCCGAUUGCGGACCUGUUGCUGUCAGAUGCUGCGAGUGUGUUUCAGGGCCUGGUGAGAUAUCAGGGCCACCAGGUUUUUGUCAACGAUCAGUGGAUGGAAGCUUACCUAAAGCUCAUCCGAGACCAUUUCCAGAAAGAUGGCUCUGCAGGUAAAUGA